AGACCGCGGUCCGUCCGCCCUCACGGUCGGCCCAGGACAAUGGGAGCGCGGCCCCCAGGCCUUCUGGACUAGGAGACUGCGGGGGCGCCGCGGCCCCGCGCCGCACGAAGCGCUUUCCUAGGGAGAGGAGACCGUCCCGGGACCAGCCAAGCGCCUCCUUCAUCGCCGCCGCCUCUCCGCUGUCUCGAAAGAAGAAAUGGUGUAAAUCAUUCACUCUCCAAACUUUAAGGUCACAGGCCAGAAGGGAGGUCAGGAAGACAUGGCCUGGCCAGAUGUUUUUCAGAGAGGCGCCCUGCUGUCCCGGUUUAGCCACCAUCAUGUGGUCGUGUUCCUGCUCACCUUCUUCAGUUACUCGUUGCUCCAUGCAUCAAGGAAAACAUUCAGCAAUGUCAAAGUCAGCAUCUCUAAGCAGUGGACCCCAAGUGCUUUUAACAGGUCGAUCGAGCCUGUAGAGGUCUGGAGCAGCAACCAUUUGUUCCCCAGUGCAGAGGAGGCCACGCUUUUCCUUGGGACACUGGAUACUAUUUUCCUCUUCUCCUAUGCUGUGGGCCUUUUCAUCAGCGGUGUUGUUGGGGACCGGCUUAAUUUACGAUGUGUUCUAUCUUUUGGCAUGUGCUCUUCUGCAUUAGUGGUGUUUGUCUUUGGCACUGUCACAGAAUGGCUGCGUUUCUACAACAAGUGGCUGUACUGCUGCCUGUGGAUUGUGAAUGGCCUGCUGCAGUCCACUGGGUGGCCCUGUGUGGUUGCUGUCAUGGGCAACUGGUUUGGGAAAGCUGGCCGAGGUGUUGUCUUUGGCCUCUGGAGCGCCUGUGCUUCGGUGGGCAACAUUCUGGGAGCGUGCCUGGCCUCUUCUGUUCUGCAGUAUGGUUACGAGUACGCCUUUCUGGUGACCGCGGCUGUGCAGUUUGCUGGUGGGAUCAUCAUCUUCUUUGGACUCCUGGUGUCACCUGAAGAAAUUGGUCUCCCAGGCAUUGAGGCAGAAGAAAAUUUUGAAGAGUCGCACAAGCCAUUAAUUAAUGGUGCUGAAAGUGAAGAUGAAGUCGAGCCUCACUAUCCAGUCCAAGAAGGCGGCACUGUCACCCAAGUCCAGGCAAUAAGCUUUUAUCAGGCUUGUUGCCUUCCUGGAGUUAUUCCGUACUCGCUGGCCUAUGCCUGCUUGAAGCUGGUGAACUACUCCUUCUUCUUCUGGCUGCCCUUUUACCUGAGCAGCAACUUCAGGUGGAAGGAGGCAGAAGCUGAUCGGCUGUCUAUUUGGUACGAUGUUGGAGGAAUUAUAGGUGGAACUCUGCAAGGCUUCAUCUCUGAUGUGUUACAAAAGAGAGCGCCAGUUUUAGCUCUGAGUUUACUUCUGGCAAUCGGGUCCCUGGUUGGAUACAGUCGUUCUCCAAACGAUAAGUCCAUUAAUGCGCUCCUGAUGGCUGUCACAGGAUUUUUUAUUGGUGGACCUUCUAAUAUGAUCAGCUCUGCUAUUUCUGCGGACCUGGGUCGCCAAGAGCUCGUCCAGGGGAGCAGUGAGGCUUUGGCUACCGUCACAGGAAUUGUUGAUGGAACUGGGAGCAUUGGAGCUGCGGUGGGCCAGUAUUUAGUGUCUUUGAUCCAGGACAACCUCGGAUGGAUGUGGGUUUUCUACUUUUUCAUUCUCAUGACAAGUUGUACAAUUGUAUUUAUUUCGCCAUUAAUAGUGAGGGAAAUGUGCUCUCUUAUGCAAAGACGACAAACGCGCAGUACUGAGUGACUGACUGGUGCCCACAAAACAAGAUUAAUAGGAGAUACAUCAGGACUGUUACUUCUUUUAAUUCGUCCUAUUUUGGGGUUGUCUUAAGAGCUCCGACAUAACCUCAGAUUGUCAAGCCUCUUUCAACAGCGUCAGACACCUGGUGCUGACCAGUGAAGGCGGGCUGUUUGCUACACUACAGGAAUUAUCGCUGACACUGAUGAACUUUAUUGUUUCAUGAAUGUACAAAUGGUCUGUGAAUUUGCCAGUGUCUUUGUCAGGCCUGUUGAGGUUUCUCCCUUUAACCUUAAAGGCUACAUUGGACUUGGCCCCCUCUUCUGCAGCCUGGGAAGCUGAGUGACCACGAGGAGCCAAGCAUGGUUUAUGUCAAGGCUGGGCUCCAUGAAUAGAAAGGCUCGUUGCAUUUUGCUUUGGAAAUGAGUUUGCAGAGUGGCUUAUCUUGGCAGCAUCAAAUCCUGAUAAAGUGCUCCAGCUGGAUGCAGCAUCAGCCAGCCUGGGACCAGGAAUGCUUUUGUUAGCUGUGGUGAGAAAAAUCAUGCUACCUGCAGGAGCAGAAGUGUCUCCAAACUGUUGUCAGCUUGCUCUCCAUCUUCAUUCAGAACUAACUCUGGCUCCUGGCAAUGUCGAGUCACCCUUUCAAGGACCACGAGGUGGAUCAGUUGUGAACAUUCCAAUGAGAAACCCACAACCGAAGUACUCAAGCCCAGGUUUGCUGUCUGGGAUCCACGAGGAAGCUAAUCGGCUUGGCCCUGUGUUCAGAAGACUGAUCUGUCACAGCCAGGUGCUGUGAGUUACCUCAGCGGAAGACUAAAGUUAGAGAAAAAGGAAGGACCUUCUGUCCUGGGAGUUAGCUGUGUGACAUUGAAUCACAUUGAUGGACCACGAGGGCCUGAGGAGUGUUUAGGUAUCUGUUCUUUAGAAGUUUGUAGAGUGUACGUCUCCAAUAGCAUACUAUUAGUAUAGUGAACUCUAUACUAAUUGUCAAUAUUUUAAGGCCGUUCUGGAUAAAUAUUCUAAAUUACGUAAGCAGAAUGGGGGAGAAAUGUGCAAUUUUGAGGACUGCAUAAUUUGCAUUGGGUUAGGGAGUAUUUUUAGCCGCCUGCUUUAUACUCUGAAAUGUGGUGUGUUUGUGAACCUGUAAAUGUUAUUUAAUCAAGCAGAUUUCCAAUCAGUUAAUUGCUCAUUACUGACAAAAAGGGAAAAUAUGAAACAGGAAGGGAAAAUAAACUGACUUUUAUAAUAAA